AUGUCUCUUGAUGCGACUCUCAUCAAUCUUAACGAAACACUGUCUCAAGUCGCAAAUCUUCUCAAAGCCAUCGAGCUGGCUGUCAUCAUGAUUGCAGUAACUCUCGCGCUUACACUAAUAGGGUGCACAGGAAUAUUUUACUAUGCUAAAUAUAAAAAAUAUCAUCCACUGAGAGAGGAGACCUCGCCGAAUGUUAGCACGUACAAGCAAAGUAAAUACGAUCCGGUGGAAGUAUAA